UCUAUGGUGGUUCCAAAAGAACGGCGGCUGAUUCAUGAGACUAAUCAGAGGCUAGGCAGAGCAGUCUCUGUGUCUCGGUUUAGAGUCAAGUCAGGUGUGGAAACCACUCCCGUUCUGAGUAAAAAUAAUUGAUUGUCUAUCGGCACAGCUUUGUAUCAGUUUCAGGAUGUUCACAGCAAAACAGGUAUCUGUGGAUCAUAAAGAUUUGAUCCACGAUGUCUCCUAUGACUUCUAUGGCAAGAGAAUGGCAACGUGCUCUAGUGAUCAAAGUGUAAAGGUUUUUGAUCUUCAUGAAGAUGGUCAGUGGCAGUGCACAGCCACAUGGAAGUGCCAUUCAGGGUCAGUGUGGAAAGUGUCGUGGGCGCAUCCUGAAUUUGGCCAAGUGUUGGCCACGUGCUCCUUUGAUCGCACUGUCGCUAUCUGGGAAGAGCAAGUUACAGAGAAAAAAUCUCCACUAGCGACCUCAUCUGACACUCAUUGGGUUAAGCGGGCCAGCUUGGUGGACAGCAGAACUGAGGUCAAUGAUGUGAAAUUUGCUCCCAGAAAUUUAGGACUUCAACUGGCUACAUGCUCUACUGAUGGGCAACUACGCAUAUAUGAAGCUCCUGAUGUCAUGAACCUCAGCCAGUGGUCGUUAAUGUUUGCUCUGAGCUGUAAACCCGGAACCAGCUGCCUAUCAUGGAAUCCUUCUAGGAUACAUCCUCCGAUGAUCGUAGUGGGCACCAAUGACACAGGGUCCAUGGCUUCUUCAAGACUCCAAAUAUUUGAGUACAGUGAAGAUGCUAGAAAAUGGCAGAAAAUUCAUAGCAUUGUAGGAAUUGUGUUCGAUCCAGUACAUGAUGUAGCGUUUGCACCUAACCUUGGCAGGUCUUAUCACAUGUUAGCAGUGGCAUCAAAAGAUGUUGACAUAAUUCAUUUGGCUCCUUCAGGCACUGAUCCAAAUGGAUGUACGAAGCUUGAUGUCCGCCACCCUGCACACUUUGACCACCAAGGCGCUCAAGUUUGGAGGGUGGAUUGGAAUGUCACUGGCACUAUUCUUGCUUCUUCUGGGGAUGAUGGCUGCGUGAGACUGUGGAAAGCCAACUACCUUGAAAACUGGAAGUGUAUUUCAGUGCUAAGGGCUGGUGGUGGUACCAGCAACCCUGCACCUACUAACCCUCCAGCCAGCCAUUCUUCAGGAGGUUACUCUUCUGGACUUUCGUCAUCCCAUCAAAAGGAUAAACCUAACAAUUGGCUGAAUGAAUUUGCAGACCUGUAGGAGGUCUUGUCCGUACAAAACUUUUAUGAAGCAGUCGGUGUUAUGUAUUGGCUCUAACUUCUAAAUUUCCUGUUUUAGAUUAAUUUUGUGCUAUGCUCAUUGUUGAUUUCCUGGAGUGUGAUUUCCUGGAGUGUUUUGUUCUCGAGUUAUGUUGCCUGUACAUUGUAUCUGAGAAUGCAAAUUACGAAAACUUUAAA